GACUGCAAAGUGAAGUGACACUAAGUUCUAACGUCGCUGUCUUUGAAAGAUGGUGCUUUUCAAUGUACUUUAAAGAUCAGAACACGGAGCAACUGCUGGAAUUUGUGCGGAGAUCCAACACAUCGUUCGUAGACCAGGAGUUUCCAGCGGAUCUAUCCAGUCUUUCCCCUAAAUCUGAUGCAGUUAGAAAUUUGCCAAUUGCGUGGCAGCGGCCCACCGAGUUAUCGGCUCAUCCCUCCCUUUACACCAUAUUGAGGCCAUCAGCUAUUCGUCAAGGCCGCUUGGGCAAUUGUUGGUUCGUUGCUGCAUGUGCAUGCCUCGUUCAACAUGAAAGCGCAUGGCGAAAGGUCGUUGCACUUCCUCGGCUUCAGACAUGGUCUAAAUACCAUGGCCUCUUCGUUUUUCGAUUCUGGCGGUUUGGGGUCUGGGUGACCGUUGUUGUUGACGAUCUCCUACCGACACUGAACGGAGAGCUUCUGUAUUGUCAUUCCUCUGAUCCGAACGAGUAUUGGUGUGCACUGCUGGAGAAGGCAUAUGCAAAGUUAUUAGGCAGUUAUGAGGCAUUAGAAGGCGGCGAAUUAGCCGAUGCCCUGAUCGACUUUACAGGUGGAUACACUGAAUGUCUCGAUUUUGGGUUGCGGCCGUUACCAACCUUCAAAACUCCCGGACCGCUACCGGCUUACGGAACGUUCGAUAACAUCUUGGUGCCCCCGCAAUCAUUGAAUUGCUCCUUUCUCUCACCUUGGAAAGAUUCUAUGCUAUGCGAUUCCGCGUACAAAUUGCUUUAUCGUUACCACAUCGCCGGGAGUAUGAUCGCGGCUGCAAUAUCACCCCAAAGUCUUCUUGAACAAGAACGAGAGACCCGUCUAGGGUUGGUUGUCGGUCACGCAUCACUGACGUCCCUUCACUUUCACCAUCUUUGGAGAGACGCCACCUUCUUCUUGUUUGCUUGGCGAACCCGUGGGGGCAUGAGACCUGGAGCGGAGCCUUUUCGCGAGAUUCAAAAGUGA